UUUGUGGGCCGUCGCCUCCGUAGAGGAAGAGGAAGGGGAAAUUGAAGAGAUGAGAGACUACUACUUCUCCUCCUCCUCCUCUUCUUCUUCUAUAAAAUUUCCUCAUCCCCUGAUCCCCUCCUUCCCUUCCCCCGAUCCAGCGGCCCCCGCCGGACUCCUCCAGACCUGCCAUGGCGCUCUCUGGUGUCUCCUUUAUGUCAUCGACCCUCCUCUUCUUCCUCGCUUUGCUUUUUCUCUUUCACCCAUCCGUCGGUAAAACUACCUUCAGUUUCGAGCUCCACCACAAAUUCUCCGACCAGGUGCGCGACUGGGUGCGCUCUACCUCCGGCGUCUCCGUCGACAACUGGCCGCAGCCGGGGAGUCCCGAAUACUACAAUACCCUGUUUCAUCAUGAUCGGGUCCUCCGCGGCCGUAAUCUCGCCGCAAGCAGCACACCUCUGGUUACUUUCGUCGACGGAAACUUGACCCUCCAUCUUCAGUUGGGAUUUCUGCACUACGCCAUGGUUGAAAUUGGGACACCUGCAGUGAAGUUUCUAGUGGCGUUGGACACGGGCAGCGACCUCUUCUGGGUGCCAUGUCAGUGCAUCCAGUGUGCUAAUUCCACUUCACCACUCGUUCAGGGUGUUGAGAGUGGUGUUUAUUCUCCUAAUAUAUCAACGACGGGCAAAUAUUUGCCUUGCAGUUCCGAUCUAUGUGAUUCUCGAACUCUAUGCUCGGGAACAAACAGCCAGUGCCCGUACAAGGUUGAUUAUGUCUCUGCAAAUACUUCAUCAUCUGGUGUUCUGGUGGAGGAUGUUCUCCACUUGAUUACUGAAGACAGUCAACCAAAAGCAAUCAAUCCUUCAGUUGUCUUUGGAUGUGGACAGAUCCAGACCGGUGCCUUUCUGCGUGGCCCUGCUCUAAAUGGGUUAUUUGGGCUUGGUUUGGGAAACCAAUCUGUCCCUAGCAUUCUAGCCAAUUCUGGCCUUAUUGCGAAUUCUUUCUCCAUGUGUUUUGGUUCCGAUGGUUUUGGAAGAAUCAAUUUUGGAGACAAGGGUAGCAGUGAUCAAGAAGAAACUUCAUUUGUUGUGGCUCAGUCACACCCCACGUACCAAAUUAACGUUACUGACAUACAAGUGGGAGCAAAUGUCAUUAGCAUACGUCCAGGGCUCCUUCCUAUCUUUGAUACUGGAACCUCCUUCACUUAUUUAGCUGAUCCACUAUACACAGAUAUUGGAGACAGUUUUGAUAAGCAAGUCAAGGAGCCUCGUUCUACUCUUAACUCCACAGCUCCGUUUGAGUAUUGUUAUGACAUCAGUUCAAACCAAAACUCCAUACUUAUCCCAAAAAUCAACAUAACAAUGAGUAGUGGAGCCAAUUUUAAUGUCUUGAAUCCAAUAGUUGUUUUAACCUCACAGGUACAAAAUAUAUAUUGCCUAGCUAUUGUGAAGAGUGAUGGUUUGAACAUUAUUGGGCAGAACUUCAUGACAGGCCAUCGGAUUGUUUUUAACAGAGAGAAGGGCGUCUUAGGUUGGAAGGAGUUUAACUGCUAUAAUACUGAUGGAGCUGCUACACCAUCGGUAAAGUCACCAGCUAUGUCCCCCACAUCUGCUGUUAGCCCCAGUGCUGUCAAUCCAGAAGACACAACAACAGUUGGAAACAGAACCCAAAUUCAUGCAACAUCUUCUGGUCAUGCUGCACACCCAGCGUUUGUAUACGUUUUCUUUACAAUUUUGUCUGUUUUAGCAAGUUUCUUUUAGUUUUCACCCCUCCCAUCAUUGUAUAUGAAACUGUUUUAGCUUACACAAUGAUUAUACGCGGAUAAAUCUGCCCUAUUCGGCAUCCCUCAGUAUUCUAGGAAUUCUUUAGAAUAUAUCCUUCUGUUAGUUAAUUUGAAGCAUUCCCUAAGACGUUUCAGCAUUGGGAGGGAAUUCUUUUGUAUUAUAGAAUUGUUCCAUCUUAAAUGGAAAGCAUAUCUAUGUACUAUUGUUCA